AUGUGUAGCGCGGAACAUGAGGUGGAUUUGAGAAUAGAAGCGAGAGAUUUUAACAUUUCUUCGAAUACGCGAGUCAAAAUUUAGUCUUAUAACAAUGAUUUAAAUGACAUUAAUAAAAGCCGAAGGAUACUUAACAUUGUUUAAUUUAAUCAACGGCCACACUCUGAAACUGCGUUAUGAUGGAGUUAGCUACUCGGCUAUUUCUAACUUAGCUAAGUAACUGAUGCGAGUUUCAGAAACCAACGACAGAGUUCGAUUAAAACAGUUUAUACGAUAUUCACAGGUUCCAAUUUCUCGUGUGGUUUGAAGUUGCUCUGCUUUACCUGUUAGAUAAUAAUAACUCUUAUUUGGAAUAUUAGUCGUCACUGUUGAAUUUGAAAUAUCAAAUAUAAUACAGUACUUGUCUUGAAGCAUGGAGGGGUCAGAUUCAGAUAAAUGCUACAUCUGCCUGAGUCCCUUUGAAACGCAAACUGUGGCCUCUCUGGAGAACUGCCAGCAUGUGUUUUGUCUUGAAUGCAUUCUCCAGUGGUCCCGGACUGCCAACACUUGCCCAAUCGAUCGGCUCAGUUUUACCUUCAUCUGUCAUAGACGGCGUCCUGGAGGAGACGUUCAAAAGAAGAUUGAAGUGAGGGCGAAGAAAAAUGAGGACGAUGACGAAGAGGAAGGGAGCAACGCUGUUAUCUGCGAGGAAUGCGGGCGCAGCGACCGGAGGCACCGACUUCUUGUGUGUUUGCACUGUGACUCCGGGUAUCACAUGGACUGCUUGACACCGCCGUCAAACACCGGUCCUGGAGGUGACUGGGUUUGUCCUGAGUGUGUCAUCAAUCCUCCUCAUACCGAGAGCUCCACGGUGGAGGAAGAGAUCAGUGAUGGAGAACUAACAGACCUCCUCGCUGAAGUGGAUGAAACCGCAUCUACCAGCAGCCGCCUUCGGCCGUCCACCAUCAGUCGUCCCAGCAGCUCCGGUGAACGGAGGCACAGCGCCAGGAUCCAGACCAGAGCCAGCAGGAGUCCUGCUCAUCGCCCCCAAACCUCCUGGCAUGUGCCGAAAUACCUGAUACGAGCAUCGAGACCUGCAGUCACAGCUGAGGAGGCUGUUCCUCCCGGUGAUGCCGGUGGCAGUUCAGUCAAGUUAAAGACGAGAAAAAGAAGAAAGCGUGCGACUUGAGACACCAACAAACUGAGUGGCAGUGCGUGUCAUGACUUAUCCAGGAGUUUGAGGUGCCGUUGUUGUUAGUGACCACUAGAUGGCAGCAUUGUGUUAGCGCACGUUCAGGUUCAGAAGCUCAACCACAGCCUGUUUUAGUAAAUUUGUUUUCGACACCAAUUAAAGCUGCGUACUUUCUGUAAAACACAAGGCUUCUGUUACCUUUUGAAUAUUCCUGUUUAUUGUUAUUUUCUAUACUUUUAAGUAGGAUUUCUUUUUCAACGCCAAUAGUAAUAGUGUGACAGUGACCUCUCAGGCUGGUGUGAUUUAAGACUUUUCACACAUUUUUUUUUUUUUGGGGGCAUCCUAAAUUACAAACUUUCUUGGUGAAAUUAGAAAAGGACUUCGCUUAGAGCAUCUGAGCCACAUCACUCGAAUAUAGGCAGCGUCAUCAGAUGGGGGGCUGUGAAAUGUUCAAACACAGUCACACAAGUGCAACUCCACAGGGACAUUUAAUUAGAAAGACAGUCUCCUCUUGUAUUGCACCUUGCAAGGACAAUAAAACUUUAAUGGGAUGAUUUGGGGAGCUUU